AUGGCAGCGAACUUUUGGGUGUCGACUCAACGUCGACAUUGGAUGUUUACUCGCGAACGUCUGGCAGAGGUCCGAGAGAAUCUGAAAGCGAAUAGCCCGGAUCAUCAAAUCCAGCUUCCUGAUAUGAGAGUCAUCAACAUAUUUUUGAAAACAGAGUUAUGUAGACUUGCGAAACUUACACAUUCGCGGCAACAAGCCAUUUCAACGGCUCAAGUCUACAUGAAGAGGUUUUAUACAAAAGUCGAUUUUCGACAGACGAAUCCGUACCUAGUCAUGGUCACGGCGUUCUAUCUUGCGUGCAAGAUGGAAGAAUGCCCUCAACAUAUCCGAGUUGUGACCAGCGAAGCUCGACAAUUAUGGCCGGAAUUUAUUACCAACGACCCCGGCAAGAUUGGAGAAUGUGAAUUCUAUCUCAUAUCAGAGAUGCAUUCGCAAUUAAUCGUCCACCAUCCAUACCGCACGGUUUUGGAGUUGACCAAAGUUCUAGACUUAACAACAGAGGACGUCAGCCAUGCCACAACUCUAAUCAGUGAUCAGUACCAGACCGAUCUACCACUUCUCUAUCCACCGCAUGUCAUCGCGGUAAUGGCCAUUCUCCUCGCAGUCCUGUUUGGUGGCGGCGGUGGUGGUGGUGGUGGUGGUGGAGGUGGAGGUGGAGGCACUCACCGCAACCCAUACGGCCAUGGAGCCAUAGUGGCCAACAACAAUCCACCAAUAUCUACAUCUCUCCGCGAAGCGGGAUUGGGUGCAACACUCUCCGCCUUGGGUUCGGGCGGUACAAAUACUACAACAGCGACAAGACCUGACCCGAGGAUUCAAAGGAUUAUUGCGUGGCUCGCGGAAAGCGAGGUUGAUAUCAAGGCUGUUAUUGAAUGCACACAAGAGAUGAUUUCAUUGUAUGAGGUUAUGGAUGGAGUGAAUAUUCAGCAGUGCAAGGAGACGAUAUCAAGGAUGAUCAAGACUCGGAAUGCGGAUAAAUGA